AAGUUUGUGAAUAUAAUAUUUUUUUCAGUCUUGGUAGUUGGGAGAUAAUGUAUAGUAUCAUGUUUUGCUUCUUCCAUGUUUACAAGAUCCAGAAGUUCUGCAACAAAAAAUAAAUAAUACAAAUCUUCUGUCCUCUUCCACUCCCUUAUUGAACCUCCUCUGUCUGGUUGCACAUGUAGGGCGACUCUUCUUUUACACUCAGCCCAAGUAAGUUUUCUAAUCUUUACUUUGUUCUUGUGUCCUAUAUGAUCUGGUUUAGUUUUGUUUUUUUGUUUUUUGUUUUUUUUUUUAACCGUGGAGAUCCGGCGAGUGAGGUGAAAAUCCCAAAAAGCCCGUAGCAGCCACGUAAUUUCCACCAGGAAUUAGUAGGGAGGGCCCUGGUGGCCACAUGGGGUUUCGAAGCCGGGUUCGUAUUGGCGGAGAAACUGCCUCAAGACCAGUAGCCCACCAUCCCGUGCUUAAUGGUUUAGUUUUGUUGUUCCUGUGUAGAGGAAUAGACCUUGAAACUAGUUUGGAGUUUCAGCUUUUGAACUCCACUUGUUUUGGAUAUAUUGUUCAGGUUUGUAAGUGCAUGUCUAUAGGAAACAUGGAUGAUUUACCAGACAAUCUUCUUUGCCAAAUCUUAUCCAACUUGUCUACAAAAGAAGCUGCUGUGACAUCACUUCUCUCAAAAAGAUGGCGACAUCUGUUUGCUCUUGUACCAAAUCUUGAUUUCGAGAGCUUUUCCUCUCAGCAUACGGAUCAUACGAGUUUUAUAGAUUUUGUGGAUAGAGUGUUGAAGCUACGAGGGAAAGAUCAUGUUAACAAGUUCUCUCUAAAAUGUGGAGAUGGUUUUGAGGACGAAGACGUGUACCCUUGGAUAUCAAACGUGCUGAGACAUGGUGUAUCAGAUCUUUCUCUACACGUCUCUUCCUCAUGGGUUUAUUGGUUGCCUUCGAAGGUUUUUGUGAGUAAGACACUGGUUAGGCUGAAGAUAGGACCUGAAGAUGGUCCCAAAGUUAAACUGAGAAAUGUUUAUCUUCCAAGGCUCAGGACUCUGAUUCUAGACUCAGUUGUGUUUGUAGAGGGUGAGAUUGGUUCUGCAAAGCUUCUGUCUGGUUGUCCUGUGCUUGAGGAAUUAAGUUUGGGUAAUCUUGAGUGGGGUUAUUGGGGUUCUUGCUAUGUGGCUUCAAAAAUCCUGAAGAGACUAACUCUCUGCUGUGCACACUGUGAUGACAAUCCAAAGAGUGUAUCAUUUGAUACUCCAAACGUUGUCUACUUCAAAUAUUCUGAUAAUAUUGCAAAGAAGUAUCCAAAAUUGAAUUUUGAUUCGCUGGUUGAAGCUAGUAUCGAUAUUCGGAUGACAAAUGAUCAGAAAGCAAAUGUCAGAUAUGUAUCUAAUGAUGAUGAGGAAAGAGAGAUGGUUGGUAACGCAACAGAGCUUCUUAUGGGAAUAUGCAAUGUGAAGACCCUUUACUUAUCUUAUGACACUCUUGAGACACUUAACUUUUGCUGUGAAGCAAUACCAGUGUUAAGAAACUUGACUCAUCUAACUAUUGAGAGUAACCAAGAAGUGGGAUGGGAAUCAUUGCCACAACUUCUCAAGAACUGUCCAAAUCUUGAAACUCUCGUCUUCCAAGGACUCACUCACAAAGCUACAAGUAGUCCUUCCCUAACACAUUGUCCGGUGAAGUUUCUUAAGAUAUUGAAAUUUGGAGAAGCCGGCGAUGAUGACGAUGUGGACAUGGCGAUGGAGAUAGUAAUGAUCAACCAAUUCCUACAGAAGAUGUUGAAUCUCGAACGGCUCAUAGUAUACUACAAUACAUCAAUCGAAGAUGAUCUGGUUGAAGUAUCAAGCCAACUUCAGAUGCUUCCUGCAGCAGCUUCAUCCAAGUGCAAGAUCCAAGUAAUCUCUGAUAGCCUCGGCUUAUCAGUUACUCUGCCUAUUUCCUUAUAGAUGAAAUUUGCAUUGAUCCUCUAGAAGAACCUUUCUGGUUUCUUGGCUCCUUUACCAAUGGAUGUUUCUCUUGGCUACAAGUAUAUGUAGUUACUAAAAUACAUAAAACUCAAAAUAAAGAUUUAUUGAUUCAACUUUGUUGGUUAGUGUUUUAUGCUUUUGUUGUGAGAAA